CUUGUUGCUUUCGUGGCGAUUGUUCAAGACUGCGUCAUACCUCAAAUGCGGAUGUAAACACGUGUUAGCAUUCACAGUAUUCUAUUGCCUAAGUAUAAGUUCUGCUAAAUGGAGGACGCGAGUAAUCAAACGGCCGCGAAAACUACUGGACACGCAUCUCGAGGAUAACCUUUAGACGAACGGUGGCUGGCAUUCACAAAGUCCAGCUAUUCGUUUCACCUGGCAGAUCUUGGAACACUCAAGAACGAACGGCUUAAUUGUCGAGGUGGAGGAGCCCACCAAUACCGCGAUUCUCAAGAGGCCGAAGCAACUUCUGGGCACGGAUACCACGUGAACCACGUGCCGGACAGCAAAAUGAGCCUGUCGACGGCGUGUCUACUUAUUCACAUAAUUUGUUGGGCGCUGGCAGGUUUUUCCUCAGCCGGUCGCUACAGCCCCGACUGGCAGUCACUGGAUACUCGGCCUUUGCCUUCGUGGUUCGACGAGGCCAAGAUCGGCGUGUUUAUCCACUGGGGCGUGUACUCGGUGCCGGGCUUCGGGAGCGAGUGGUUCUGGUGGAACUGGAAAGAAGGAGAUCCCGCGCACGAGGAGUUCAUGAGGUGCUACUACAGGCCGGACUUCAAGUACCAGGACUUCGCUCCGCAGUUUAGGGCCGAGUUCUUCAACCCCGACCGCUGGGCCGACAUUUUCGCGAGGUCGGGUGCACGGUACGUGGUGCUGACAAGCAAGCACCACGAUGGCUUCACCCUGUGGCCCUCGAACGUCUCGUGGAACUGGAACGCCCAAGAUGUGGGGCCGCAUCGGGACCUGGUGGGGGACGUAGCCGCUGCCGUCAGGCGCCGCGGAGGGAUGCGGUUCGGCCUGUACCACUCUUUGAUGGACUGGUAUCACCCGCUCUUCCAGGCCGACAACGCAACGGGGUUUUCGACUGCUUCGUUUCCGCCAGCCAAGACUCUUCCGGAACUCCUGGAGAUCGUGAAUAGGUACCGUCCAGACAUUGUAUGGUCCGACGGAGACUGGCUAGCGCCGGACACUUACUGGAACAGCACGUCUUUCCUCGCUUGGCUGUACAACGACAGCCCCGUUCGCUCCACUGUUGUGGUCAAUGACCGCUGGGGCAAAGGUAUUUCGUGCAAGCAUGGGGAUUUCUUCAAUUGCAAGGACCGAUUCAAUCCGGGCGUGCUACAGCCACACAAGUGGGAAAAUUGCCUGUCUCUCGACAAAUACUCUUGGGGCUACAGACACCAUGCAAACCUCUCGGACUACCACACCAUCAACGAGAUCCUCGACAUCCUGGCCAGCACGGUCAGUUGCAACGGUAACCUUCUCGUCAACGUCGGUCCAACCAAGGAAGGCGUCAUUUUGCCGGUUUUUGAAGAGAGGCUCACUCAGUUAGGAAAGUGGCUUGCGGUCAACGGCGAAGCCGUCUACGCAUCUAAGCCCUGGAAGCACCAGAACGACACGGCCACGCCGCACGUGUGGUACACGGCCAAGUCUAACGUGCUCUACGUGUAUGUGAUGAGGUGGCCCAAGAAGGAGCAACUCGUCUUGGGCUCACUGGAAAUGUCCCCGCAUGGCAGCAUUACGAUGCUGGGGCUUCCUGCCGAACAUCGGUUUACGUGGAGACCAGCAUAUUUGGUCGGAGACGGCGCGAGCAAGCGAACCCAUAAGAGGGGCACAGUAGUCACCUUUCCCAAGCUGACGGCAGACAAGCUGCCCACUCCGUGGGCGUGGGUGUUGAAAGUUGAAGGCGCUCGUUAAAUCUUGAUUUACGGAAAUACUUGUCGAGUACCCAAAUAAAUAAAUAAAUAAAUAAAUAAAUAAAUAAAUAAAUAAAUAAAUAAUGCCGUAUCACUUCGUCGUCUCAUUGACUGCAGGAAUGACACCCUCUCUCACUCGCCAUAUAGCAAGAACACCGCCUGAGGAA